AUGACUUGUGAUUGGUGUGGGGGUCGUCAUCAAAGUCAAGAUUGCCAAAACAACAAUACCUUCGCUAAGUUGGAGCAGGUUGAUUAUGUAGGAAAUGCUCUUAGGAACCAACAACCUUCGAUUCACAAUUUAGAGAAUCAAGUGGGGCAGAUUGCAAAGCUUUUGAGUGAAAGGCCCCAAGGAAUCUUGCCUAGCAACACAGAGACAAAUCCUAGAGAGCACCUCAAGGUCAUUACCUUGAGAAGUAGAAAAAAAUUAAGAACAGAAAGAAAGCAAGCAGAAAAGCAAUCUGAUGCGGUUAAAGAGGUAGCUGAAGAAGAGAAGGGUGUAGAGGCUAAAGUGAAAGAAAAAGUAGAAGUAACAUCAAAGCCUACCCCUUUUGCAAAGGAGUAUAAACUAAGGAUGCCCAAGUAUGCUAAGUUCUUAAAGGAACUCCUCUCUAACAAGAGAAAGCUUGCAGAAGUGUUAAUGGUGCAACUAUGGGAGAAGAGCUCGACGAUCAUUCAAAGGCGAUUACCAAAGAAGCUAAAAGAUCCAUGGAGUUUUACUAUCCCUUGCUUUAUUGGUAAUUUAAAUAUUGAUAAUGCACUUGCUGACUUGGGGGCUAGCAUUAGUGUUAUGGCUUAUAAUUUGAGUAUCAUUGAAGAUGUGUUGGCAAAGGUUCAAGAGUCUACUUUUUCUGUGGAUUUUGUAAUCAUGGAUAUGGAUGAGGAUGUUGAUGUUUCUCUUAUCCUUGGUAAACCCUUUCUUGCUACAGUUAGAGCCAUUAUUGAUGUUAAUGAUGGUAAGCUCAUUCUUAGGGCAAGGGAUGAACAAUUGACUUUUCAAACCCCCGAUGGUAUGAAACACCCACUUGCACUUAAUGAUAUGAAUUCUAGUGAUGAUAUGAUAGAGCAGGAAACUGUCAAUUUAAUUUCAUCUAUCGUUGCGAAAGAUCCUCUUGAGUUGUGUAUUGUGCAGAAACAGGAAAAACUAGGAACAUCAGAAGUUGUUGAGCAGUUAGCCUAUCUAGAGGCUGGAAAAUCAAUAAAGAAGCAGACAUUUAAAGCUAUUGAGAUGCUCAAUAAAGAAAGAAUGAGGCCUCCUAUUAAAUACCUGCCAACUUUGAAGCUUAAGCAGUUCCCAUCUCAUUUAGAAUAUGUAUUUUUGGUGGAGAUGAUUAAGCUCCUUGAUGCGGGUUGA